CCGCGCGCGCUCCACCAGACUUCUUCACCUCUCUAUAUAUCGAAAAGCAGGGCAUAUCACCUUCAGACAGUCCUUCGUCGACAUAAAUUGCAUCGACUGACUGCAAUCUCAGCUUCCAGCUCCCCGGAACUAGUACCUCGGGGCGUAUUACCAGCAGAACACCUCGGUAACAGCGUCACCGUUCCCAUCGGGUCAACACCAACUUCAGGCACAAUGACACAGAUCGGCUGGUAUGGCCUCGGCUCCAUGGGCCUCGCCAUGGCCAACAACCUGCAGCGACACCUCGCCGCAAAAAAAGCCCUGAGCCUUUUGUACACCAACCGCACAAUGUCGCGUGGUGCACCACUGAAAGCACUCGGUGGUAUUGCUGAGCCAAGCUUCGACCAGCUGGUGUCUCGCAGCAACAUCAUUUUCACUAUGGUUGCAAAUGACUCUGUGCUGCAAAGUCUGCUCUCGUCGGCUGUUGGCUCGGGCACGUCCUUGAAGGACAAGAUCUUUGUGGACUGCUCGACCGUCCACCCGCAGACGGUGAGCGCUGCAGUGGCUCAGCUGAAAGACCAGCAGGCAUCUUUUGUGGCGGCGCCUGUCUUCGGUGGAAAUCCCAUUGCCGUGGACGGCAAGCUGGUAUUCGCUAUUGGAGGUCCUAAGAGCGCUACUGAGAUUGUUAAGCCGCUUAUUCAGGAUGUUAUGGGUCGUCGGGUUAUUGAGUGUGGGGAGGAUGCAACCAAGUCCUCUCUACUGAAGAUUGCCGGAAAUAUCGUCACUGUGAACAUGAUGGAAGCCGUUGGCGAAGCCCAGGUCUUUGCUGAGAAGACUGGGCUUGGAACCGGUCCUAUGGAGGAGCUGAUUGGCGAGGCGUUUGGUCCUGUGGCUGGUGGAUAUUCGAAGAGAUUGACUACUGGCGCCUAUGCGCCACCUCUAGACUCGCGCCCCGGAUUUGGCGUGUCCCUGGCUAUCAAGGACGCCAGACACGCCAUGACAAUGGCCCAAGAGCAGGGUGUCCAGCUUCCUGGCCUCGAGAUUGCUCGCAAGAACAUGGAAGCUGCCCGUGACUAUGCGGGUGAAUGUCUCGACAGCAGCUCUAUGUAUGGAACAUUGCGGCAGCAGGCUGGUCUCGAAUUCUGGAACGAGAAGUCCCGGAAGCCUUAGGCUGUGAUCGG